AUGGGGUCUCUGCAUAGCGUGCCGUUUUUUAGUCACUUUAUUGGAUUUUUCUUGUCCUACCCACAUUAUAAGCCACCGUUGAAUCCUGUAAGCUACCAAGUAUUAAAAUGUCUGUUGAAGCAUUUGGAUCCGAAUUCGAGAUUCAAAAUUUCUAUGUCGUGUCCUUCGAUUCGAAAACUAGAAAAAUCGAUUACUUUGUACGUAAAGUGUCUGAAAUUAACUGAUUAUUAUGUUACGGUAAACCAGGACACCUAUCAAUUAAAUGUUGCUAAUCGAAAGAAGGAUUUUCAAUUUGAUAUCGACCCAACAAAUCACCCUGAUGCCAGUGAGAUAGAGCAAGAUCCAAAUGAAAUACUAAUUGACAACGUGAGAAGAUAUCGGGCACCAGAACACGAGGGGGAACCAACAGAACUUUCAAGAUUUAUGGAAGAGAUACAUGCGACUGGUCUUAAGCUCGAUCAACAUGUGGGAAAACUUUUUCGCUUACUUAAUGGCGAAAAUGUCAUUCGUCUGAAAAUGGGUGGAAGGGUUGAAGUAUUCAAUUACGAUCGGAAAAUGCAUGAAGCUUUGAAGUACCUACUCGGAAAGCUAUUCGGAGGAAGAACUGUAAAAGUGAACCGAUUCGCGAUUGAAUUGGACGAAGAUCCUGACGAGAUUUUUGUCAACUUGAAAGAGUUUAAAGAUAUCGAUAGACCUGAACUAUCAUCCUAUCAUAUCUUGCUCACAGCCAGACCGAGCAGGGAAGACUUAAGCAAUGAGAGGAAGCUUCACGAGGCAACGAAGUAUUUACUCAAGAAAUUAUUCGGUGGAAGAGUUAUCGUCAAAGUUGAUGAGCUUUCUAUUGAUUGUCGACCUGUACUACGAACCCCGGCAAGUUUGAAGUUUCAAAUCCAUAACUUGCAAUUAUCGUGUAUGGAUAAUAAUCAACUCUUUGAGGCGAUUAAACCAAUACUGGACUUUUCCACACCCCUGAGCUCUAUUACUCUCCAGUUUGGCCAUCAGAUCAAUUUUGAGGAUCUAAUUAUCCGAUCCACGGAAAUUAUGUACUUUGAAGGCUACUUUUUACUUCUAGAUAAAGACCUGGACAACUUGAAUGAGCUCCGUCACAAACGAGUCCAUUUAUCUAUCAAACCUUAUUCCCGAUGGCACAAUGUCUCACGGCUAAUAGACAAUCGGAUUGAGGUUGGACGAGAAGCUGGUUUUUAUUAUUCGCUUGAAAUGAAUAAAAAAAGCAGAGCAAGGGAGAUUUUGGAGACAGUAAUGAUUAAUCAUAAAGAGAGGAUUAUUGAGAGACCAAACGAGGAUCCAAACAGCGUUCCACUUCGUAUGAAAAAUUCCUUGGGCCUUCAUAUCAGCUACGAGUUACGUGAAAAGUAUUGUUUAAUGCAUCUCAGAGUUCAACCACGAUACUGA